AUGAAUUCCAAUUCACAACGUGGACAAACAUCAAGUUCCGAGCAUGUUUAUCAGGUCCCCGGAUUGAGUUCCAGCGAAAUGAACCAAAUCGCAGAGCUAACAUUUCAGAGAUACUCAUAUUCGUCGUCUUCGAUGCCGAAGAGACGCGGCAAUGGGGUCGCCAUUGUCUGGUUCAGGAAUGAUUUGAGGGUAUUGGACAAUGAGGCUUUGUUUAGGGCCUGGAUGUCAUCGGAGGCGGUCUUGCCGGUGUAUUGUGUUGAUCCUCGACUUUUUUGCGCUACCCAUUAUUUUGGAUUUCCCAAAACUGGAGCUUUAAGGUCACAAUUUCUUAUAGAAUGCUUGGCUGACUUGAAAAAUAACUUGAUGAAGUGCGGCCUAAACUUACUCAUUCAACAUGGGAAACCCGAAGAAAUUCUCCCUUCCCUAGUGAAAGCAUAUGGUGCUCACACAGUGUACGCCCACAAAGAAACGUGCAGUGAGGAGCUAAAAGUUGAGAGCUUGGUUGACCAGAGAUUGCGAAAAAUGGUUCUGCAAUCAGCUAAAGGGCUAUCUAAGAACCCAAGUUCUUCUACCUACCUUGCUAAAUUAGAGCUGAUCUGGGGUAGUACUAUGUAUCAUCUAGAUGACCUCCCAUUUGAUUGUAGCUGUUUACCAGAUGUGUAUACUCAGUUUCGUAAGCACGUUGAAUCCAGUUCUAAGAUCCGAGGCUGUAUCAAGCUGCCAAUGUUGCUCGGUCCUCCACCCAGCAUUGGUGAUUGGGGAUGUGUUCCUGCAAUUGAGCAGAUUGGACAUCAUCUGGAGAAGGCAGGUCAGAAAAGGAAUGAGGUUUGUGGGUGGUGA